AGCCUCUUUGUUCAGACGUCGCUGUGACUCCGGGGUCGCGGGUUCGAGACCGGUCCGACCCGUUCCUCCUCCGUGUUUACGCCGCUGGAAGCCGCUGGAAGCCGCCGGCUGCUCCACACUCGGUCUGCUACGCCCCAGAGCCGGGAGGAAGACGGCUGGAGCGGCUCUCCGCGCUGCCUCCACCCGGGAGAGACGCGCCUCCAGCCGGGAGACGGACCGGGACGGGACGGAGGAGCGAGCGGACGGCCCGGGCCCGGCUCAUGGUCCGCCCUCACCGAGGCGCCUUUGUUUCAGCGAGGACCGUGAUCUGCUUCCCCCCGCGGCCAUGAGAGGAGCUCGGGUCUCCGGUGAAGAAUGCGCCGCCCCCCCGCCGGCGUUAGCUCCGCCGCGGCUCCAUGGCCAACGCUAGCAACAUGCUCCUGGCCUCCGCCGUGGUGGUGUGGGAAUGGCUCAACGAGCACGGCCGCUGGCGGCCCUACAGCGCCGCCGUGUCCCACCAGAUCGAGGCGGCCAUCCGGAGCGGAGACCCCCGCGGAGGGAGCGUGGUCCUCGGCCAGGUGGACAGCCGGCUCUCGCCCUACAUCAUAGACCUCCAGUCCAUGCACCAGUUCAGGCAGGACACAGGGACCAUACGUCCGGUGCGGAGGAGUUUCUACGACCCCUCCUCGGCCCCGGGUCAGGGCUGGCAGUGGGAGUGGGAGAACGACGCCGGCUCCUGGACGCCGUACGACAUGGAGGUGGCCAUCGCCAUUGAGUGCGCCCACAGCCGGCAGCAGGCCGGCCUGGACCUGACGCCGCUCGGCUUCUGCUACCUCAUCGACUUCCAGAACAUGACGCAGGUGAACAGACAGAGCCAGCGCUGUCGGAGGAUCCAGAGGCGAGCGGACGUGGCCUACCCUCUGGUCUCCGGACCCCUGCCCAUACCCAAAGGAGGCGGUCUGGGAGGAGGGGGCGGUCUGACGGGGGCCCUGCUGGGGGUCGGGGUGUCUGGCGCCGGCAUGGGGAUCGGAAGCUCCGUCUACCCCAACGGAGGCGUGGCGGUCACCGGGCUGGGCCAGCCCUGCUCCUGCCAGCAGUGCAUGCUGGUCCUGAGCGUGAAGACCAACACCACGGGCGGGGGCGGGGGCGGGGCAGGGAUCCAGACUCUGGGCCGCCGCUCACUGACCAUGCAGCGCUCCAAGACUUCGGCGCCGGCCGCCUCCAAACCCCUGAGCCCGUCCAAGUCGGCCACCCUGGGCCGAGGCCUGCAGCAGAACUCCAACUCCAACUCCAACUACUACCAGACCCUGCCGCACGGCCUGGCCAUCUCCAGGAACACCGCCUCGCCCCGCCGCAACGCCCAGCUCUUCGCCCAGUCGCUGGCCGCCCUCACGGCGGGCGCCUCCUCCAUGGCCGUCUCCGCGUCCUCCGGCAGGCCGCCGCCGCCGUCCCUGCCGCCCCCCCAGCCCCCGUCGUCCGUCCCCCCGUCCAUCCCCCCCAAGCACUCCGCGUCGUCCUCGUCCGCCGCCGGCGAGCCCGUGCCCACCGCCACGCUCGUCACCCCCGCCAGCGCCGUCACCACGCCGCCUUCCCCCGUGCCGUCCCCGUCGCCGGUGGUGAUGAAGCCGCAGCGCACGCCGUCCACCGUGUGCCACGCCCCCCUGCCGCAGCGCUCCAGCCUGGCCGGGCUGAGCCGGCCGGCGCUGCAGAGGAUCGCCAUGGCUCAGUCCAGAGCGCUCAUCGCCUCGGGCGUGCCCACCGUCCCCGUCAAGAACCUCAACGGGUCCAGCCCUGUUCACCCCGCCCUGGCCGGGAUCACCGGGAUCCUGAUGAGCGCCGCCGCUCUGCCCGUCUGCCUGACCCGCCCCCCCAAGCUGGUGCUGCACCCCCCGCCCGUCAGCAAGAGCGACAUCAAGCCGGUGCCGGGCUUCGGACACUGCUGCAGGAAGACCACCAAGAAGCAGGCCCGCAAAGGUAAAACUCCGGAGGAGGUGGUGAAGAAAUACCUGCAGAAGGUGAAAAGCCCUCCAGAGGAGGACUGCACCAUCUGCAUGGAGCCCCUGGGGGGCCCGUCGGGGUACAAGGGCCCGGGCGUGGGCCCGGCGGCGCGGGCGGAGGCGGUGGGCCGGCUGGCCCAGUGCGGACACCAGUACCACUUCCAGUGCCUGCUCGCCAUGUACAACAACGGCAACAAGGACGGCAGCCUGCAGUGUCCCACCUGUAAAACCAUCUACGGCGUGAAGACGGGCAACCAGCCGGCCGGGAAGAUGGAGUACCACGUCAUCCCGCACUCGCUGCCGGGACACCCCGACUGCAAGACCAUCCGCAUCAUCUACAACAUCCCCCCCGGCAUCCAGGGUCCAGAGCAUCAGAACCCUGGGAAGCCCUUCACUGCCAGAGGCUUCCCCCGGCACUGCUACCUCCCCGACAGUGAGAAAGGGCGGAAGGUCCUCAGGCUGCUGCUGGUGGCGUGGGACCGCAGGCUGAUCUUCUCCGUGGGGACGUCCAGCACGACGGGCGAGUCCGACACCGUCAUCUGGAACGAGGUGCACCACAAGACGGAGUUCGGCUCCAACCUGACGGGCCACGGCUUCCCCGACCCGGGACACCUGGACAACGUGCUGGAGGAGCUGCGAGCUCAGGGCAUCACGGAGGACGACGGGCUGGUGGAGAAGUGAGGGGGCGGAGCUACAACGCUCCCGACCAGGACGAAGCACCAGACUUCACACACAGACAGCAGCAGCGGGCGGAGCGGGACGCCAGCACUCCAAAACAGCUUUUCAAACGAGGACGACAAACCAAACCGGAGGAGGAGGAUGGAGGGACGGGCGGGGGCGGGGGGGGGGGGGGGGGGGGGGGCGGGGCCAGCGGCGGGAAACACCAGCCGGGGACUUCAAGUCUGGAGGGCGAAGGAGUCGGUACUAACAUUUAGGACAAAAACAAGUUAGCUUUACUGAGAGAGGCUGGAAGAGAUGGACAAACAUUAGAGCAGUGCAAACACAACUGUCUACAAGAAGGACGAAGAGCGAGGAGGAUGAGGAGGAGGAGGAGGAGGGGGGGGGGGGGGACAGGAGGGGAGGGGAGGAGGAGAGGGCAGCAGGAAGAGACAUGAUGGAGGCCGGACGUAGCUUAGCAUAGCGGUAGAGUAAAACUAACUUGUGAGGUGCUUUCUCCUCCACACUGGAGGCAGGGGGGGGGGGGGGGGGGGGGGGGAGCUUCCUUCAAACCACCUGCUCCUCCAGGGUUCACGGUGAUGCUGCCCCGCCCCCUUGUGGCGUUUCCAGUGAACAGCAGCUGAGAGCUGCCUGAACGAACGAACCUGAUGUUGGCUUCUGAUUUUAUUUGAAUCCUCAUGGAAAUCAUCUCAUAUUUGACCUUUUGACCUCUGUGGGUUUAACCUCCGACCUGUUGAGAAGCCCUGAGGGAAUGCGGUUUCUGGGUUUUUCCGGCUCCCACUCGUAGGUACGGCUGUAUCAGACCAGCAGAGUGAAGCUGGAGCCUGAUUGGCUCUGGCCGUGAGGUCAUGUGACUGUGCUAACCCCAGCCCUCCUGUUUAGUUUAGCAUUAGCUCCGCCUCGGCCCGGGCUUCAGAUUAUAAUCUGGUACGAACAGAACUCGCUCCCCGGUACGAGUUGACCUUCAGAAACACAGGCUACGGUGUGUGUGUGUGUGUGUGUGUGUGUGUGUGUGUGUGUGUGUGUGUUGGGGGGGUCACUGCAAGUUUGCGGUACAUUUGAACUUGUAUGAGCGUCAGAUGGACUCCGCCCACCAGAGGGCGCCGUCGUUCUCUGACCUGGACGUCCAGAUUUAUGCAACGCCAACGGUCUCUGCUGUUUUUGGUGAAAAGAUGUAAAAACGUGAGCUUUAAGUGCUCCACUUCAACGGAAAGACGCUCCUCGUGGCCCCGCCCCCUCUGACACCUGGUUGGCUGCUUUGGGAGAAGCUGUGUGUGUGUGUGUGUGUGUGUGUGUGUGUGUGUGUGUGUGUGUGUGUGUGUGUGUGUGUGUGUGUGUGUGUCUUGAAGCAACACUCCAGCUGAAGGUUUCAUUUAGGUUCUUCAUAGAGAAGAGGGUACUCUUUUAUUCUCCUGUAUUUUUUUUAAUAAAGUGUAGUCACUUUUUUAUUUCUAUAGCAUUUCUCAUCACAUUAUCAUAGAUUAAACUGCCUUUUUUCUCAUUUUGUACAUUUUCAUUGUUUUAAUGAUGUUUCAUUUGUUUACAAAGACAGUAUUAUGAAAUACUCCGUCUUUUUUUCACUCGAUGUACAGACAUUAAGCUGGUUUAUGUGGUCUUUUCUUUGGAAAAGGACUUUGACGGUAGGCUUUUAUCUAAGUUUAUGAUUAGAAACGGUACACUUGCUUUUCUGUGACUAUUUUUUCCUACAUAUCAUCAGUUGUGCAUGGAGAGCCGAGGCCUGUGACCUUUGAGAAGCUUUUAUAGCCAAUUUGUAGACAAACAUUAAAGUUUCACAGCAAAUGAAAGCAGUUUUAAAGCUUUUAAACGUUACUGAAGUCACAUUACCGCUGUUAUAUGUUGCUCUUUUCUUCAAAAGCUGCAC